UGGCAACUGUGGGGACUGGGGAGUGUGUUGCGUUUACAAAACAACACGGCGCUAUUACGCUCCUGUGGCGACGAAGAUAAGACGUAACGCGGGUGGUGUGCACUUGGUGUGGGAUAUGGCAUUUUCUUCAAAUAUAUAUUCGAAUUGCUUCAUUACUUAGUGGGUGUCGACGGUAAAUAUUCACCGUUUCGGCCUGACUAAGAUAAUGCACAAUGGCUGGCUGUGUGAUUGAUGCAACACCUAUUGCAGUAGAUUUUUGGAAGCCGACAAAAGCUCCACAGGUACGUCUGUUCUUCCUCACUCACCUUCACAGCGAUCACAUUGAAGGGCUGACAUCUUCAUGGCGGCUCCCUCUCUACACUUCCCCCAUCACUGCUCUCCUACUUAAAAAUAAAUUCAAGCUGCCAGACAGUGUAGUACAUGAGUUAGAGGUUGGACAUAGCUUCUUGAUUCCCUUGGACGAAGGAAGCAACAACACCAUCACUGUCACAGUCAUUGAUGCCAACCAUGUUCCUGGGGCAGUCAUGUUCCUCUUUCAGGGCUACUUUGGGAACAUCCUGUACUGUGGGGACAUGAGGUGGGACCCUGAGAUGCUGGAAGACCCAGUGCUGCGGGAUGUGGUGCAGCAACGUGCCUUGGAUGUACUGUACCUGGACAACACCUACUCUGCGCCUUAUUGCCAGUUUCCUUCUAGAGAAGAAGCCAAGCAACAGAUCUUCAAGAUAAUUGACAUGUAUCCAGAUCACGAAAUAAAGAUUGGCAUAAACACUCUAGGACGGGAGAAACUGCUUGAAGACAUUGCCAAAAGAUACGGCGAGAGAAUUCUUGUCAGUCAAGAGAAAUAUGUGCAGCUUCAGUUGCUUGGCUGCUUUGAUGUCUUCACCACUGACCCUCAGCAGUCACGGAUUCACACUGUUCCCAUGAAACAGAUGCAGGUAUCUUCACAUAAAAAAUGGAAUGAGAAAUAUCAGACAAUCAGCAUCAUUCCAUCAGCUCUUUAUUCAGGUUGGAAAAAUGGACCUUAUAGCUCACAGGCAAGCACUGGCAUGCAUGUUGUACCAUACAGUGAUCACUCAUCUUAUUCAGAACUGAUGGAAAUGGUGUCACAGUUGGCCCCUCAUCAGAUAUUCCCAAUAGUGAAGUACUUCUCAAAAUCUGGAUGGUGGGCUGAUCAGUCUGCUCCCGACCAAAACAUAAAAGCUGACAUGACAGUGUAUAGACAUCUGCUCUCCACACCUCCACCUGAUCCAGUUAUAAUUCCAGAAGAUGUGAUCAAAUUAAUGGAUAGGAAAGCCCCAAGACUACUCCAGGCUCGGCCACGCCGGUGUGUCCUGCGUCAUGGGUUGUCGCCCAGGCGUAGUAAAGUUCGAGGAGUGGUCUUUUCUUCUGGCUCUUGCUCUUCGCCAUCUUUGUCUAGGACCCCAUCAGUUACACCAACAUCAUUUACUACUCUGGGAAGUGGUAGAUCAGACUUUCAUUCUCCCAGGCGAGCAGAUUUUAGGGACUCUCCAAGGUCAAUGAAGUCUGGUGUAAGAUACCCUUCACACAGUGUCAUUGGAAAUGAAUUACAUAGUGAGCAUGUACUGAAUGAAAGUAAUUUGAAAAGAAGUACACCAAUGCACUUUACUGAUUCUCAUAAAAGUGCCAGAAUGGUAAAUGAAGAAGACCAACCUACCAACUCAAGAAAUUUUGCAAGCAAAAGAAAAAAUUACAGGAGCAAACAACAACCAAGAGAACACACAUCAUCAGCCAGGUCACUUUCAAUAGAGUUACAAGAAAAAGUUCCAUCAAAUGAAGUGGAAAUAGAUUUGAAAAGAAAAAAGAAACCACAAAAUGUUUUAACCAUGAGAAGAGAUGCCUUGCUGAGAGAAACUAUUGAUUUCAUAAAAAUAAAGAAUGAAGAGAUGAAUUCUCUCAGAACCUGUAGCUCAGGGGAGGAAUUGAGAUGUAUGUUGAAAAAUGCAAAUUUAAUUUUGGAUUCUCUUUCUUGUCUUGAUUUUGUUUUAUAAAUUAUCCUUUUAUGUAUCCAGAAUGAUAUUCAGAUUUUACCUUAGUUACUAUGAAAAUAAAAAGUUAAUAAAAACUGUGCUGCAAAAAAA